CUAAACCUUCUCUUCUCCGCAGACUGUCCCCAGAUAUCCGCCUCGUCUUGCUUAAUCCCAAGCAGACGUCGAAAGACCAGCAUGGGUCUCGUCCACAUGGCGACUCUCGCCGUUGCUAGCAUGCUUUUCCUGAUUGCUGGGUUGGUCGUUCGGUCCUCGGGUUCCGCUUCAACAACAGCCAUGACAGUCCCCCACAUCUUCCUCGUCUCUUUCAAACCUUCGGCCUCGCGCGAGACCAUUCAGGCGAUCCACAAGCGGAUCAUCGCGUUCAGGACUGACUGCCUCGAUCCCGACGGAAAGCCAUACGUGCUCGCAACGAAGGGCGGCAUAAACAACAAUCCCGAGCACAGCGUCAAAAAAAUGACCCAUGGCUUCAUCAUGGAAUUUAAGAACGAGGCAGACCGACAAUGA